CCCCCGGCUGGGGGCGUUUGGCGCGAGUUGCCAAUCGUCUCGUCGCACCAGGUCCGAGGCCGCACUUUUCGCAACGUGGAGCCUCGGUGUGUCUUCUCUCCUCGGUGGGCUCCACUCGUGUCUGGUCGCCUGCAUCCGGCGGGCUUGCAGCAACAACAGUCGAGUGAGACGAUGCAGCCAGACACUGUCGGGCGGAUGAGGCGUCGGGGAGGCGACGGGAUUCGAACUGGACGGACCGAAGAGCACAGGAUUCAUGCUGACGUUGCCGUGGCGACAAUAACUUGGCAACUGGGCAAUUUGGCAAUUGACCGAGCCGAGAGGAGGACACAAGAGUCAAGACGGCCUCGGACUACUUUGCACUCAGACCCGAAAAAGCCAGUCGUCUCAGCUGAAAUCACUGAGCUCCACUUGGCCCAAUCACGGUUGCCAGCCUUUCCCUUCACUUCGUGUCGAACCCGGCCGUCUCAAACGCCUCUGAUCCUGCAUGAACCGGAUCCGACUAGGCCAGAUGAGAAGUAA